UCAUUCCACUUAUAGGUGUUUGGGUGCUGCUGUUUAGUCAUAGACUGACAGAAAUCUGGGAAUUUACACUGCCGAAGGUUGAGUAAAGAUGCUGGCGCUAAUCAACAGAAUAUUAGACUGGUUCAAGAGUCUCUUCUGGAAGGAGGAGAUGGAACUGACGCUGGUUGGUCUCCAGUAUUCCGGCAAAACAACCUUCGUCAAUGUUAUUGCUUCAGGGCAGUUUAGCGAAGACAUGAUUCCAACAGUGGGUUUCAACAUGCGAAAGAUCACAAAGGGAAAUGUUACCAUCAAGGUCUGGGAUAUUGGUGGACAACCACGGUUUAGAUCUAUGUGGGAGCGGUACUGCCGAGGCGUUAAUGCCAUAGUGUACAUGGUAGAUGCAGCUGACCCUGAAAAGAUAGAAGCAUCACGUAAUGAACUGCACAAUUUACUAGACAAGCCCCAACUGGCAGGCAUCCCAGUUCUGGUGUUAGGAAACAAAAGGGACCUACCAAAUGCUCUUGAUGAAAAGGGUCUUAUUGAGAGAAUGAACCUGUCAGCUAUUCAAGAUAGGGAAAUUUGCUGCUACUCUAUAUCCUGCAAAGAGAAGGACAACAUUGACAUAACACUUCAGUGGCUCAUUUCUCACUCCAAGUCUGGUGGCCGCUAAGCCACCUCUUCCCAAUGCUGGUUGAGUUAAAGAAGCGUCCAGAGAUUUUAAAGAGUUGUUGAAAACAGUAUUUGUUAAUACUGUGUAGGAUUGUGGAAUAGGACAGAAAUCUUUAUGGACUAAUGAAUUGUAGAAGGGAUUAUAGGCUGGGGGAAAUUUGUUUAAAUUGAGAUACUGUAUUUAACUUUAGAAAUUAAUAAUUAAAACUAAAUAGGGGUUAUAAUUUUACAUGUAGUAAAUAAAACUUGGAACAAAAGUGUAGUCAUGACAUAUUCCACUGAAUUUUGUUUUAUAAUGUAGAAUUUUUCGAAUGUGUUCUGGGCACCAAACUGAAUUAAUCUGAUUGCAAUUUAGAUUUUUUAAGCAUUGUAAUCAAGAUAUCCCAUAUGUGAAAGUGAAGCCUAGGGAGAGCAGAUGUUUAUUCAGUAUGUAUAAUUGAACUAUCGUCAGGAUUUUUUUUUUUUAUAAUUAAGUAUAUGACACAUGCUCUUGUUACUUUGUAUAUUUUAUAUAAUAAUAUUGGUUUCCUCUUAAUAAAAGAGCUAAAGUUUAAAACAAAAGUUUUAAAAUGGAAGCAGUCUUUUCUCAUUACGCUUAUUGUUCCAUGAAGUGAAGCCAAAAUAUUUUUUUCUUGUGAUUUGUAAAUGUUACUUCACAAUCUCUCUUGGUAGAUUUUUGGACCAGGAUGAUAUAAUGUAGUUAAAUACACUACCAGUUUGCUUUGAAUGCUCAUCACUUAUUCUUACAAUUAUCUUUAAAUACUACAAAGGUUUUCUAGGUUUUACAUCUCUGUAUUUUAAGUUUAAAGAUCUGUAUGGAAAGUUUUGCCAAAAUUUUUCAUAGUAGUUAAAGGUAAAUUAGUUACUUCAACAUAUUUUUGUAAGAGAAAUCCUGGAUGUGCAUUGUCUAUCAAAAGUCAUGUAAUGUUAAAACAAUUCUGUUUCAGGGUUUAACACUGUUUGUGAUGUCUCAAUUCUAAUAUUUUAUAUAGGUCUUUUGACAAAGUGAACAUUCAUAUAACAGAAAAGCAUUUUGAGUUGACCAUUUAUUGAAAUAUCAAACCAUUCCUCAUCAUUUUUCUACAUGAGCCCUAAGGACACAGUCAUACUGGUUAUUUUGUCAUUUUUCUGAGGUGUGCAUGAUUGCUAAAUGUGGGUAUAUUUGGCCUGUGAGUGUGCCCAGUGGUAGGACUGUGCUAUACACUGGUGUAAUGUGGCCAGUGGUAGGACUGUGACUGCUGUAGACUGGCAUGGUGUUCACAUAGUGAAGCAGAUCACAUACUUUAGGCAUUAUCCAACUUUAGAGCACUACAAGGCAGACUUUGCCAUCAUGUAUAUACUGAUGUAUGGUAAUUCAAUGUUUUGCACACUGGCUUUUAAUACAAACAAGAAAUAUUGGGUGUCAGGGGUGUGGGUGCUUCUGGUCAAGCCUAGGUACUUGCUUUGUACUUUAUGAAAUUGUUAGAUUUCUCUUGUCAGGUUUCACUUCAUAUUUUAGUGUAAAUGGAAAGUAUCUUAAUCACUGAUUUUGUCCAUUUCACAAAGUAACUGUUAUAAUAAACUGGCUAAUGUAAUGUCAGUUGAUUAGCAACCUCCUCAUGAAACUGUCACUAAUACUGUAGCAUCUUUCGGCAAGUUGUAUCUAAUUUAAUCUUUUUUUGGUUUAUCACUUAAUUUGAUUAUCUUAGUAUUAUUAUCUUAUUUAAGUGGUUAUACUUAGGUUAGUAUAUAUAUCAAGGUAAAUAUUUUGUCCACUAUUAUAAUUUUUAUCAAACAGUUUAUGAAACUAAAAACUUCCAGUCAUUUGUCUAAAUGAAAAAAAACUACUAGACUGUGUGUGUGUGUGUGUGUGUGUGUGUGUGUGUGUGUGUGUGUGUGUGUGUGUGUGUGUGUGUGUGUGUGUGUGAGUGGGUUUCCACCAUAAAUCUUUCCUAUCAAAUAAAUUUCAACCAUCUUAUAAAUCACAUAUAUUUUUAAGACUCAUUAUGUCAUAAUUCCUUAGCUACACAAACUGUGAAUAAUUAUCAGUGGAAAAUCUGAUAUGCUUUUGUCUGCUUACAUAUGCAUGUGUGCAUAUGUCUGUGUGCUUGCAUAUACAAUAUGUAUGCAUAUGUAAUGUGUGCAUGCAUACUUUCAUGUGUAUGAAUACCUGAAUGUGUGCAUGCAUAUAUGCAUAAGUGCUUGUAUACUGGCAUGUGUGAUGUGUACAUGUAUACCUGCAUAUGUGAUGUGUGCAUAUAUAGAAGGAAAUGACCUGAGGAAAGACUAAAAUCUAAACAUUACAACGUUAAGAGGAUAGGGAAGACAGGAUCAUGGUGUGCUCAUAGCUAACAUGUUUAGCUUUUUUUAAUACAGAGUAGUGAAUGUUUAAGCAAACUGCACUUAUUCAAAAGAUAAUGAUACUUAGAUGUCCAAAUUUGUGGGAGUUAUGUUCCUAGAGGUUCCUCAAAAUCUAGAAUCUGCUAAUAACACUAAAUUCUGUGUAUAAAUUUUUUGUAUUACAUUUAGGCUGUGUUUCAGAGGCUGGUUUUAAAUAUUUCUUUAACCGUGUUAAAAUUGACACUGAAAAGGUAGAAUGUCCACAGAAUAUAGGAGGGAGAUUUGAUCAUUUGAACAGAAUCCUAUGAUUGGGUUUAAAAUUAGAGGUCAUUUGCCAAUGUGAAACAGAUUUACAAAAAAUCCAUGGAUAAUUUAAACUCUUCACUAGAGACCCUUCAGUGAAAAACACUGACUAGCUGAAUUCUACAAAUUUGGAGGUGUGGCAGAUACUAACAAGAUGGCACUGUAUGAUUCGUUUUUUUAUGAAUAACACGAUAUUGUACUCAGUCACAGGGUGAACAGGUGGUUCGAAAGUUGACUGGGAACAAAGGGCACAAAUGGAGAUUAGACACAUUGGUUGGGGAUGUCAGGAAGAGGUUUUUUUUUUAUUUGAGGGUCACUGGAACAUGAGAAAAAACUUAAAAAAAGGGUAUAUAUUCUUCCUCCACUUUCUCAAAGUAAUAGCCACAAGUUCCCAAGAAGCCAAGAAUUGGUAAAGCUGGUCAUUAGUAUCUGAGAGAUAACCAAAAGCUAUGAAUCGCCUCUUGCAAAAAACUAGAAUUCAACUAGGUGAGUACUGUACAUGCACUUGCAUAGGUGAAAAACAAAGUGAAAUCAACAUCUUUGCAAUGUAAGCUGAGUGAGGAGAGCAUUGAAGAAACAUUAGAACUUUUUUUACAUUGUAUCUGACUGUUAUUGUUGAAGUUUCCUGUCGCUAAUAAGAUUACAGUACUAUUACCAUUUAAGUAAAAUAUGAUUAUGAAUUAUUGUAUAUUGAACUAGCCUUAUUUUUAAUAGGCAAUUUCAUUCAAACAUUCAAGUACUGUAGAAGAUUCCACACUUGCCAAAAUCAGAUAGAAAGUUAAUGUGCAUAAAUCUCUGGACCAAGAUUUUUCCUGGUGAAGUUGCUGUAUAUGAUUUGGUGCUUUUUAAUCUUGCAACAUGAGCAAUGUGCAUGAAGUUACAAAUAUCCUGUCUUUGACAAACAAGACUACUACUGAGUUUAGGAUCAAAUUAUGUAGUCUGUUUUUUAUAAUAGCCUGGUAACACUGCACAUUUACAAUCAACUUUACUUGCAGCUCUGUGUGUGUUAGAAUUUAUAUACAGAAAUUAUAUUUUGUAGUUACAGUUUGCAAGCUAAUUUAAAUAUAUAGUCUGUGAUGUUUUGUUAUAUUGUACAUUAAUUUUUAAGCAUGUUUUUUCUUACUAUUUGUAUUUAUUAUUUGUGAACAUGGAUUGUAAGUUGCACUCUAAAUUGAAGAUGUAUUACUUUGUAAAUAGCACUUAAAUGAACAGAAAGAAAACCUUACUAUUUAAAAAAAAUCGCAUUCAAGAAAUAUAGUUGAAAUGGACACACUAGAUUACUCGGUCAACAUUUGUAUAUACAUUGAUGGUAAAAAUUUAUAAUCAGAAUCUCAGCAGUGUUUUAUCUAGCCUUUUGUCAAAUCUUUUACCUGAUGUUAAUUCACAUCUUUGAAUGAUGAUUUGUUUUCAGACAUAUUUGCCUCACGUUAAAAAUUAGAACUGGGCAUUUUUGCAUAUUAGAGACAGGACAUAUGCUUCAAAUACUAUGAAAAUAUGCACCUCACAUCUGCAUAUUCUUUUUCUGCUAAUUUUGUAAAAGUUGUGACUUGGGCAUUGCAGUUACACUGUGUGCCCUAAAUUGCUUAAUGUGUUACUGCUCUAAUAAAUUUACUGUAAUAUUUGAUGCUAUGUACACAGGUAGGAUCAUGAAUUGAUAAUUAAAUUCAUAAUGUAUACUACAGGUUAUUUUUAUUUAUGUGUCAUACUGCAAAGUUGUGACUAUGCACUGUACUUUUACCAGUUAACAGCUUCCUUAGCAGGUGAUUUAAGUAUUAGGGUGAUUUCUCCAGCAGUACUUUUCCUUGUCUUGGAAUGUGCAGUAGUUGAAGUGUUUGGAAAAGUUAUAAAAAAACCACUGCUUCAAUAGUGGCAGUGUUAUUUUGGAUAUAGUCACAUACAUUCAGACAGAUUACAACCUCUUGUAGUUUUUUAUUAGACUUGCAUAGAAUGGCUCUUGCUUCACGACUUUGUAAUGUGGCAAAUAAAUAAUUUAUAUAUCAUAAUUGUGUUUUGGAAUGAUCAGCUAAUUUAACAUUGAAAUCUCAUACAAUAGUGUACUUAAUGUAUAGUACAUAUACUUUUGUAAUAAUGUAUGAGGCAGUAAUACCAUGGAGAAAUUUACAGCAAAGGUCUGAGGGGACACUUUUUAUCUACUGUACCAUAUAUCUCUUUCUUCAAUGUAAGUACAUAUAUUUGACGGAGAAAGACCUGGCACGUGUGUGUUUUUUUGGGAGUCACCUUAAAUACUAUAUAUCAUGCACUGUAUAUUAGCUUUGUCAGAAUAUAUUGUAUGAGAUUAAUGAAUGAGAGAGUUUUUACACUAAAGGACUCAACAAAAUAUAAUACGUAUAGUAAUCUUUGCCCCAAAUAAACGUUUCUUGGGUGCAUCAAUAAA